AUGCUCCCUUUCCGGACGUGCAGCAUAAUCAAAAUGCGCAAGAUCAAUACCGGUACGCCGAAGAGCUCAGAGUACCAGUCUCGCCUCGUUCUCACCGACAAAUCGAACCACCGCAGUCGCAUAUCGUUCCAGAGGCUGAUGAUUUCGUUCAAGAAGGCUAUGCGAUGGAGUCACCCGUCAAAGUGCUUCGACACGGUCUUUGGUUCAGACGAUAACUUUGUACUUGCAUCACCCACAGGGAGUGGAAAGACUGUAAUCCUGGAGCUCGCUAUAUGUCGGGCUGUUGCAACGAACGCGACCGGCCAGUACAAAGUCGUAUAUCAAGCACCAACAAAGGCGUUGUGCUCUGAACGCCAACGAGACUGGGCUGCCAAGUUCACGCCUAUCGGUCUCAAGUGCGCCGAGCUCACCGGUGACAGUGACGCCUCAGAUGUGCGCAACGUCCAAAGUGCGAACAUCAUCAUCACCACCCCAGAGAAAUGGGACAGUAUCACCAGGAAGUGGAAAGACCACGAGAAGCUGAUGCGCCUCAUCAAAGUCUUCCUCAUCGAUGAAGUACAUAUCCUCAAGGAAGGUCGCGGUGCUGUGCUCGAGACUGUCGUAUCGCGAAUGAAGUCCAUUGGUACAGAUGUCCGUUUCGUCGCACUCUCUGCUACUGUGCCCAACUUAGGCGACGUUGCGACCUGGCUAGGCAAGAGCUCGGCUGAACCACAUGUCCAGGCGCCUCACGAGAAGUUUGGCGAGGAUUUUCGUCCCGUCAAGCUGCGAAAACAUGUAUGCGGCUACGUGUCCAAUAUUAGCAAUGACUUUGGAUUCGAGAAGAUACUGGAUGCAAAGCUUCCGGAAGUCAUCGCCAAAUACUCCGAAGGCAAGCCUAUCAUGAUAUUCUGCACCACGAGAGCAUCAUGCCUGAACACAGCCAAGUUAAUAGUGCGUUGGUGGAUGUCACGGCCUGGAAAUGAUCGCAAGUGGAACCCACCUUCCAAACAGAUCACACUGGUUAACAAGGAUCUGCGCGACACGGUAGCUUCUGGCGUAGCUUUUCAUCAUGCUGGACUGGACCUUGACGACAGGAUGCAAGUCGAGAAAGGUUUCCUUGGCCAUGAGAUCGGUGUCAUCUGCUGCACCUCGACCUUGGCCGUGGGCGUCAACUUGCCAUGUCACCUUGUCAUCAUCAAGAACACAGUCACAUACACUGAUGAAGGACUGCAGGAGUACUCAGACCUGGAAAUGAUGCAGAUGCUCGGUCGUGCUGGUCGACCACAAUUCGAUGACACUGCUGUGGCAGUCAUCAUGACUCGUUCAGUCAAAGCUCAGCGAUAUGAGAACAUGGUCACUGGAAAGGAGCUGCUUGAAAGCAAGCUACAUCUCAACUUGAUCGAUCACAUGAAUGCGGAAAUCGGACUGGGCGCGAUUCGCGAUCUUGACUCUGCUCGGAAGUGGCUCAAGGGAACAUUUCUCUAUGUCCGCCUGCAGCAAAAUCCCAGUCAUUACAAACUUGAAGGCGCAAGAGCCGGACAGAACCUUGAAGAGCAGGUCGACGACAUUUGCUUUCGCGACAUUGCUCUUUUGCGCGAGAACACUCUCGUUUCUGGCGACGAAAACUUCCGAAGCACCGACUACGGCCACGCCAUGGCCAGAUACUAUGUUCAUUUCGAGACGAUGAAGGUCUUUAUGGGCAUUCAAUCGAAGGCUACACCAUCGGAUAUUCUGUCGGCAAUUGCACAAGCUUCUGAGUUCUCAAAGCUACGCUUCCGGCCUGGAGAGAAACCAUUCUAUAAGCUCAUGAACAAGUCACCCUCUAUUCGAUUCUCAAUACCUGUCAAUUUAGACCUUCCAGCACACAAGGUUUCUUUGAUCAUUCAAUCCGUUCUCGGCUCUGCGGAUCUGACGUGGGACGGUGACAUGGCCAAGCACAGGGGCCAAUACACAACGGAGACUCAGAUUGUGUUCAAGUACAUAAGCAGCCUUAUUCGAUGCAUCAUCGACUGUCAAAUCUGCCAUGGCGAUUCUGUCAGCAUCCACAGCGCACUGAUGUUAGAACGCAGCCUCGGUUCACGUAUCUGGGACGAUAGCCCAUUACAGAUGAAGCAGAUCGAGAGCAUUGGUGUUGUGGGUGUGCGUAAGUUCGUUAACGCAGGUAUUCGCAGUUUAGAAGAUCUCGAAGCAUGCGAACCACAUCGUAUCGAAGCACUGAUUGGCAGAAAUCCGCCCUAUGGAAUGAAGGUGCUCGAGACAGUAAAGGCUUUUCCCAAGUUGCGCGUGUCGCUCCAUGCGCAGCCUUCAUCUGCUAUCAAGUCAGCGGAUGGCGUCAAGAUACAGGUCAAAGCAACUAUUGGCUUUAUCAACGAGAAUCCGCCACAACGUUUCGCUGGCAAACUUGUGUAUGUUUCGGGCAGCCUGCGCGGCGCCACCGUGAAGCCACAAAUCGCCCCUGCCAUGUUCCCAGCACCGAAGUCGCUCGAAGCUAACGACACACCACAACGACCGAACACUUCGAAGCGACGAGCUGAACCAAGCAAGCCUGUUCGCAAGAGAUCAAACAACAGCGAGGAGUUCGGUGAUGGCGAUAUCGAUGAUGAAGCGCUUGUAAAAGCCACUUGUGGCGAUCUGCAGUUCGAGCAUAUCGACAACUUCGCCAACCCCAUGGACGCAAUCACGCGGAAGAACACUGCCAAAAACAAAGCAGCACCCACGGCGAAGAACCAAGUGAAGGCAUCCAACGUCAGCGCUGAGAAUGACGAGCAUGAGCCGGAACAGCUAAGUAACGGAAAGUGGGCCUGCAAAUAUCCUUGUAAAGACAAGAAUGCAUGCAAGCAUCUCUGUUGCAAGGAAGGAAUGGACAAACCGCCUAAGAAGCCGGCUGCCGCAAAGCGUGCGGCGAUAGAGGAAGAUAGCCUUCGACUCGGACAAGGCGGGUCAAGUCAGACACCAAAAGUGACGCAGAGCAAACUACAACUUGAGGUGUCUAAGCGGAAGACAUCGUCUGCCAUGGAUGAACUGGAUCUGACACGGGAAGAGAAGAAAAAGAAGGCCAAUCAUGCCGUGAACGGACCGAGAGAUUAUCGCGACCUUCAUCAACUCCACAAGACUGUCCAGAAGAAGAACCUGCCUUCCACUCUUCACUCGGUCAUUCACACAAAGCCUGCAUAUUGUUACUCGCAGGGUGGUGAUCACAGUCUUUCCUUCAUGCAACAAACCGGUACAAAUCAAGCAGAAGAUGCUAGCGACUACGGCGAUGCUCACUUCGAUGAGCUCUCUUCGUACUUCGACGUAAAUCAUCCCAAUCCUACUCAGCACGAUAUGAGCGAGCUAGAUGUGGGCAUAGACUCAGUUGACUUGACGGACUACCCAGCUACCGCCCCUGUUGCGUCUCGUAGGUCCGACACUUUCGGCGAUGACGACUCGCUCCUCGGUGACGCCAUGGUUGGUCUUGCAGACUCUCAAACCCUGCGAGAAACGAAUGAAUGCAACGAUGAUGCAACACGAUUGUUCGAGGACGAGCAAGACAUGGGCUUCGAAAGCGCUUUCUAUGAUGACGACUUCCCAGUGGAGAUUUUCGACAACACAGCGGACGAUUACCAUUGCCAUGCGCGUGAGAGCGCAACGGCAACAGAAAAAGUGCCUAUCAAGACUUUAGUUGCUCCACUUCAUGCGAAACGCGCACCCUUCUACGAUAGCACGAGUAGUUCCCGUUCGCGGGAGAACGACUUCAAGCCUGCCGCCACUCUUUUAGGGGGAACAAAUGCGAAUGAAAUAAAACAGACUCAAUUUGGAAGACCUACCUCCCGCAACAUGGAGAACAACAAUGCUAUGGCAGACGAUGUUGAGGUAAUGGACUUGAUUGAUGUGUUCGAGGAUAAGCCAGUCAGAGAAGAGAAAGCGGUCCCCGAGGGGUUCAAGGAUCUUGAUCCAUGGCUAUUUGAAGAAUUCGGAGAUAUCGUAGAGCUUGUUGAAAACUGA